AUGGCUCUACAAGACGGUGCUGCAGACGAGCACGCCCUCUUCCUCGAGCUCCUCAAAACAGCAGCCAACCCCUCAGCCCCCGAUGCUAUCCCAACAGACGAUCUCGCCGCCUCACUCGGCAUCGAUGGUCCACUUAGCAAACAGCAAGCUCUCGAAAUUCUGGAGAAGGAAGUGCUGGCGCCUGUGAAGGGGAUAGAAGGAUCGGACUUGGGGCGGUGGCAGGUACAACCACCUAUCGAUCUUCCCCUUCCGCCUUUAACACUCUCUCCCCUGUAUCAGACGCACUCGGUCGCUCCUUCCUUUCGUGGGAUAGAUGGGGAGUUUACGAACUGGCGUGAGGCCCUUAUGCCGAAACCUCCAGCUCACCCUUCGCUGUCAUCAUCGACCACCCGAGCUCCGGGGUCUUUGCAGAACUUUGUGAGAGGAAAAGGAUCUUAUGCGCCCUUCCUUCCUGGAGGGCUGGAAACAGCAGCGAGGGUUGAAGAAGAGGAAGAAGAGUCGGAGGAAGAGGAGGAUGGGGUGUUCAAGAGUCGUGCGCCUGGUCUUAAGAGAGGUGUAAAGCUCGAUGGAGCUGAAGAGUUCCUCAUCGAGAUGCUUGGCCAACAGCAGAUCACAGCCAAAGCCAAACGUCGGCGAAGAGAUGGCGAGUUUGAGCCUCAGCUUGCCGUUUCGCGCUUGGGCGACAAAGAUCGAGAUAUUGAUGGGAUCGAAUCGAGUGCCCAGGUCAAGGCUUCUGACAAGAACAUCGAUGACCUUCUUCCUCUCGGCCGCCUUCCUGCACCUCCACCAGCAAAGAAGGCUUUCAAGACUGCCGCCAAGAAGGAAUGGGCCCAUGUCAUCGAUGUCAACGAGAAACUCCUCAACUUUAAUGAACUCGUCCCCGAGAUGGCCCGAGAAUACCCCUUCGAAUUGGACAACUUUCAAAAAGAAGCCGUCUACCGACUGGAAAUGGGCGACAGUGUGUUUGUGGCAGCUCAUACUUCAGCGGGAAAGACUGUUGUGGCAGAGUAUGCUAUUGCACUGGCGGCCAAGCACAUGACCAAGGCUAUCUACACGUCUCCCAUCAAGGCUUUGUCAAAUCAGAAAUUCAGAGACUUUAAAACGACGUUUGACCCUGCUACUGUCGGUAUCUUAACGGGUGAUGUGCAGAUCAAUGCUGAGGGCAGCUGUCUCAUCAUGACUACUGAAAUCUUGAGAAGUAUGUUGUACAAAGGUGCCGACUUGAUUCGAGAUGUAGAAUUCGUCAUCUUCGACGAAGUCCACUACGUCAACGAUGCCGAGCGAGGUGUCGUCUGGGAAGAAGUCAUCAUCAUGCUUCCCGAUCACGUCAACAUCAUUCUCCUCUCCGCCACCGUCCCCAACACCAAAGAAUUCGCCGACUGGGUCGGCCGCACCAAGAAGAAAAACAUCUACGUCAUCUCCACCCCCUACCGUCCCGUACCCCUGGAGCACUACCUCUGGGCUGGGCGGGAUACGCACAAGAUUGUGGAUUCGAAGAGCAAGUUCCAGAUGGCGGGGUAUGAAUCUGCAGGACAGGCUUUGAGGAGGAAGCAGGAUAAGGAGAGGGAAGCUGCGGGGUUGCCGCCUGUUUCGCGCACGGGGGGAAGGGGAGGAGCGAGGGGGUCGGCGAGGGAUUUACCGACGGGCAGGGGGGCGCCGUUUACGAAUAUCGGGGCGGGGCGAAACCAUUCCAACCGUGGUGGUGGCAAUGGUGCCCCUGCGCCGGCUGUACCUCCUCGAGGGGGUGGACGGGGAGGCGGCCGUGGGGGCCGAGGAGGGUUCGGGGGACGGCCGUCGCAUGUGCUCGAUCAGAAUGUGUGGACGCAGCUGAUUGGGCACUUGCAAAAAGAGAAUCUGUUGCCGGUUGUCAAUUUCGUGUUUAGCAAGAAGAGGUGUCAGGAGUAUGCGGAAUCGCUGAGUAAGGAUUUGACGACGGCGAAGGAGAGGAGUGAGAUUCAUAUCACUUGGGAGAAGGCGUUGACGAGGCUGAAGGGCGAUGACAGGGAGUUGCCGCAGAUCAAGACUAUGCGGACCCUGCUGAGCAGGGGUGUUGGCGUGCAUCAUGGUGGUCUGUUGCCAUUGGUGAAAGAGGUGGUGGAGAUCCUCUUUGCCCGCGGUCUGGUUAAAGUCCUGUUCGCUACCGAGACGUUUGCCAUGGGCGUGAAUAUGCCAGCCAAGUGCGUCGUCUUCUCCGGCAUGCGCAAACACGACGGUACAUCCUUCCGCAACCUCCUCCCCGGCGAAUAUACCCAAAUGGCCGGCCGUGCCGGUCGACGUGGUCUCGACACCACCGGUACCGUCAUCAUCCUAUCCGGCGACGAGCUGCCGCCCGUGGCGGAACUGCAAGAGAUGAUGCUCGGUGUACCUGGAAGACUGUCGAGUCAGUUUAGGUUGACGUAUAAUAUGAUUCUGAAUUUGUUGAGGGUGGAGGCGUUGAAGGUGGAGGAGAUGAUCAAGAGAAGUUUUUCGGAGAAUGCGGCGCAGAAAAUGGCGCCGGAGCAGCAGCAGCAAAUUGCGCAGAUGGAGAAAGCGCUCGCUCGUCUUCCGAGCGUCGACUGCCAAGUCUGCUCGCCCGAUAUAUCUCCCUACUACGACAUCUCUUCCGAGGCCAGUCGAGUCAACGGCUUCCUCAUCCACAAAGCUUCAUGGCUGCCCAACUCUGGCAAACUCUUUGUCCCUGGGCGUGUUGUGGUCCUCCGUAAUCAGCAUUUCCCAGGCAAUCUGGCGGUGAUUCUGGGCAAUGCCCCGAGCUAUGUUGGAGCGGAUGGGGUCAAGUCGAACGCCAAGGCUUUCAGGAUGCUGGUACUUGUCACGCCUGGACAAAAGUCGGAGGAGGAGGCAGAUAUCGAAGCAAAGGAAGUCGUGCCCCGCUGGCCUCCAAUUCUGCCCAAGGGCAAGUUCCCUAGCCCCGAUUUUGAACUCACCAUCACCGACACAAACACCAUCACAUUCGUCGUCAACAACAUCCUUAAACUCCCCUUCUACCAGAUCAUCAACAAGCAGUCGCUCAAGGAUAUCCAGGGAGCGACGGGCAAGCUGGUGGACCUUCAUGAAGAGCUAUCGGAGCUUCCAGCGUUGCCCGAGGUGGAUUGGACGAGGACGAGGGAUGUGGAUGUCCAGGAGCAGCUGCGAAAGAGGGAUGUGUUCUCAGAAAGGUUGAGCAAGUUUGGAUGUCGUCUUUGUGAAGACUUCCACGACCAUUACGAUGUAUUGCACAAGCGCAAGCUCGUCGAGAUCGACGUGCAAAAGCUCAAGGUCAAGCUUUCCGACCAGAACCUCGAGCUCCUCCCCGACUACAACUCUCGUAUCCAAGUUCUCAAAUCACUCUCCUUCAUCGACGAUUCCGAUACCGUCCUUCUCAAGGGCCGUGUCGCGUGCGAGAUCAACUCUGCCCCGGAGCUCAUCCUCACCGAACUCAUCCUCGAGAAUAUUCUCGCCGACUAUACGCCUCAAGAAGUGGUGGCGUUAUUGUCAAUCUUUGUGUUUGUCGAAAAGACGGAGAGUCAGCCGAUUAUACCGACCAAGCUGCAAGAUGGUCUGGAUGUGAUUUUCAGGAUCGCGGAUGAGGUUGAGAGGGUGCAGGACGAGUGCCAGGUACAGCAUGACGAGUUUGCGACAAAGUAUAAGCCGGGAUUGGUGGAAGUGGUUUACGAGUGGGCGAGAGGAAUGCCUUUCAACCAAAUCACCAACCUUACGGAUGUGCCCGAAGGGACGAUCGUCCGAGUUAUCACGAGGUUGGAUGAGACUUGUAGAGAAGUUAGAGAUGCCGCGCGAGUCAUUGGUGAUGCGGAUCUGUUCCAGAAGAUGGAGGAGGCGCAGAAUUUGAUCAGGCGAGACAUCGUCUUUGCUGCUAGUUUGUAUCUCUAA